AUGCUCGAAUACGGGAAUCUUGAACUGAACGUCGUCAACCUUCCGACCGGAAAGUAUUACGGUGCGUACUAUAGCUGCAAGACCGAGGAUCCUCGGACAGGACCUAACUCCGGGUUUCGCCUCGUUUACAACGAGUCGGGCGAGUUAUACAUUUCGACACGGAAUGGCACUAACAUCCAAAUCCACGACGGGAAAGGUAUUGUUAUCCCUUCCAGGGAUUUUUACCAUCGCGUGGUUCUACAUUUUGACGGAGUUUUCGCUCAGUAUUACCAUCCGAAGACCGGCGGUAGUAAUGCGACGUGGUCGAUGGUUUGGUCUAAACCGGACGACAUUUGCAAGGCUUUGACUAACGGUCUCGGAAGCGGUGUGUGCGGAUUCAACAGCGUUUGCGUGGGCGAAAAUCAAAGGGUUAGCUGCAAAUGCGUACAAGGGUUUUCCCUCGUAGAUAAGAACAACGAGAAUGGAGAUUGCCAGCCGGAUUUCGAUUCAGGCUUUUGCAAUCGAACGAGAAACGAUUAUUCGUACGACUUUAUCCGGCUACAAGACGUCGUUUGGGAAUCUUCGGAUUACGAGGAAUACUGGCCUUACGAAGAGGAGAACUGUCGAGUUUCUUGCUUGCAGGAUUGCUUUUGCGCCGUCGCGAGUUUUAUAGGCAGUAGUUGCAGGAAGAAGAAGUAUCCAUUGUCUAACGGAAGACUAGAUCAAAGCCUUGACGCUCGAGCAUUCAUUAAGGUUCCUAAAUCCGGAAUUUCCGCCGGAGAUAUUCCUUUUCCGGCUAGGAAUCCCAAUGGAAAGAAACAGCUCAGUCAAAAGGGCUUGGUCAUUACAGGUUACACUCUUCUUGGAGCUUCAUUACUUCUCAACUUCAUCAUACUCAUUGCUUUUCGCAGUCGAAGUCACUGUUCCUUAGCCGACAAGAAAAAGGAUUCAGGCAGCGCAGUAAUCAAGUCGAAUCUGCAUGUUUUUACUUACAAAGAGCUCGUGGAAGCGACGAGUGAUUUCAGAGAUGAGGUCGGGAGAGGCGCUUUCGGGAUCGUUUACAAAGGCAUGAUAAGAACCGGCGACAAUAACACUGUCUUGGUCGCUGUCAAGAGACUCGACCGAGUCGCUCAGGAGGGAGACAAAGAAUUCAAGAACGAGGUGAACGUGAUAGGCCAAACCCAUCACAAGAACCUCGUGAAGCUCGUCGGUUUCUGCAAGGAAGAUCAAAACCAUCUUCUCCUCUACGAGUUCUUGCCCAAUGGAACGCUGGCGAAUUUCCUGUUCGGGCAUCCAAAACCGGUUUGGAAAGAGAGGACGAGAAUCGCCCUCGGGAUCGCGAGAGGGAUCUUGUAUUUGCACGAGGAAUGCGACACCCAGAUCAUACAUUGCGACAUAAAGCCUCAGAACGUUCUCCUAGACGAUCACUUCAACGCAAAGAUCUCGGAUUUCGGGCUCGCCAAGCUUCUGAUGAUGAACCAGACGCAUACUCGGACCGGAAUCCGCGGAACCAAAGGGUAUAUUGCGGCCGAGUGGUUCAGGAACACCCCCAUCACGACGAAGGUCGACGUUUACAGCUACGGAGUGCUGCUUCUAGAGACCAUAUGCUGCAAGAAAGCCGUCGAUCUCAAGGACAACGUGAUUUUGACGUAUUGGGCAUACGACUGUUUCCGAAAAGACAGGCUGGUCGAUUUGAUCGUCGGAGAUUACGAGGCUACGGACGAUAUGGAUACGUUCGAAAGAUACGUUAAAACCGCGAUUUGGUGCGUACAAGAGGAUCCGACAGUAAGGCCGAACAUGGGAAAGGUGAUACAGAUGCUUGAAGGUGUUACACAAGUUUGUGUUCCUCCGAAUCCUUCUCCGUAUGAUGCAUCGUAUUGA